UUCGCCCACUUAUUUAUUUAUUUGCCGGCGAGCGCCGCGCUGCCGCAGAGCAGCAAGAGCCGCUCCGCGCCGUGCCGAGCGCUGGAAGCGGCUCGGUAUUGCAGCAGGUAGGGCUGAGCGCUAGGACCUCGGAGAAUCCUUCCAGCAGCAAUCAGGACUACCUUAAACCCAGCCCAAUGCCUCUUCCUGCGCCACUCUGCGUGCUGGAUGGAGAUCCACAGUCAAGAGCUGCAGCUCAGUGCUGGAGUACAACAUUUCACAGGGAGCCCUGCAGAAGCAACACCUGUUUCGAGCCAGCCAAGAAAGACACAAGCACUUGUAUGUUGCUGCUUUGCUUGUGGAUCGUCAAUAAUCCUAAACCAGUGGACAUCUGCUGAGCCUCCUGAGAAUUCUGGAUAAUAGAUUUGGACGUCAAAAGUUUUUUUUUCCUUUUUCUUUUUUCCAUUUUUUUUUGGAUUUAUCUCAGCCAACAACGUGAGAUUUCCCCCCUCCCCCUUUGCAGGAUUCAUGCUGAUGUAUGCAGUCUGUUAUAGAGUAAAAACAGCGCAUGCCUUUCUGGAGUCAGAAUCCAUAAAUCCUGACGUAGCCUGUGCAUCUUAAAAAAAAAAUCCCUAUAACGCCUAGGUAUUUAAGUUGCUAUGGUCAUUCUUAUCUUAAACCAAAUGGAGAAACUACGGAUUUUUUUCUUUAUUACAGUUGGAUGGGCUGAAGACCGUAUUGCUUGCUAAGAGCUGGGGAUAUAUGCAUUUAUAUAGAUAUACACAUCUAUAUGUUUAUAAAUAUGUCAGUGUGUGAGUAUAAAGUGGUGGUUUCUUAGACUAACUGGUUUGACCUUGAACCUGUACCAGUCAAAACAGAAUAUUACUUUUAUUUAUGCAUUUAAUGGAUUGAAGAAAGAACAUUUUCUCUGUAACUGCGCUAGGGAGGGGAGAGGAGUGGAAUAUACCUAAUCUUAUAUCUCCUGGGUUUGGCACCAUCAUUAUUGUUUAUUCUCAUUCUCUAAAAGCAGAAUCUUCUGAUGGCUCCCUUAGGUGAAGUUGGGAACUAUUUCGGUGUGCAGGAUGCAGUACCCUUUGGGAAUGUGCCCGUUUUGCCGGUGGAUAGUCCGGUUUUGUUAAGUGACCACCUGGGUCAGUCUGAGGCAGGUGGGCUACCCAGGGGGCCUGCGGUCACGGACUUGGACCAUUUAAAGGGGAUCCUCAGGCGGAGGCAGCUAUACUGCAGGACUGGAUUUCAUUUAGAAAUCUUCCCCAAUGGUACUAUCCAGGGAACCAGGCAAGACCACAGCAGAUUUGGUAUACUGGAAUUUAUCAGUAUAGCAGUGGGCUUGGUCAGCAUCCGAGGAGUCGACAGUGGACUUUACCUUGGAAUGAAUGAGAAAGGAGAACUGUAUGGCUCGGAAAAAUUAACCCAGGAGUGUGUAUUCAGAGAGCAAUUUGAAGAAAACUGGUAUAACACAUAUUCAUCAAAUCUAUAUAAACAUGUGGACACUGGAAGACGAUACUACGUUGCGUUAAAUAAAGAUGGGACUCCAAGAGAAGGGACUAGGACUAAACGGCAUCAAAAAUUUACACAUUUUUUACCUAGACCGGUGGACCCUGAGAAAGUACCAGAACUAUAUAAGGAUAUUUUAAGCCAAAGUUGACAAAGACAAUUCCUUCACUUGAGCCCUUAAAAAGUAACCACUAUAAAGGUUUCAUGCGGUGGGUUCUUAUUGAUUAGCUGUGUCAUCACAUCAGCUCCACUGUUGCCAAACUUUGUCGCAUGCAUAAUGUAUGAUGGAGGCUUGGAUGGAACAUGCUGAUUUUGUUCUGCACUUAAAGGUUUGUCCUCCUGGAGGAGAGCCUAUGCCCACUCGCUUGAUUUAGUACGAGAGGGAGCGCGAGAGAGUGAGUGCGAGAGAGAGAGGAAGGGAGAGGAUGAAUGGGAGUGAGAGCGCGAGAGAGAGGAGCCGAGGGGAGGAGGAGGGUGAGGAGGAGGAGGAGGAGGAAGGCCUGAUGCAUGCUGGGGAAUAGACACGCUUUUAAAUUUUUGAUCAGUUGUACUUCGUCAUAUAUCAGCAUAGCUGCCAUACUUCGAUUCAUCAGGAUUUUUGGCUGGUGGCCUGCUCAAGUGUACGCUGCAUUUACAAAGGCAUGGAGGGUGCAGUCUUACUUAAACAAGAGACUUUUCAGUUAAUCGCUCUCUGGGUCUCACCCCACUGAGUUUAAAGCAAAGACCUCUUAGUAAAAAAAUAAAAAUAAAAAGUUAAAUUUAUUUAUAGAAAUUCCAAAGGCAACAUUUUAUUUAUUUUAUAUAUUUAUUUAUUAUAUAGAGUUUAUUUUUAAUGAAAUAUGUACAGGCCAGAUAGGCAUUUUGGAAGCUUUAGGCUCUGUAAGCAUUGAAAUGGCAAAGGCCACUAUGAACCUGUGGUAAAUUCAUGCAAGUAAAUAUAAAGGUGCAUGGAUAAAAAAAAAAGCCAACAAUAAAAAGGUAAUGACAAUAAUAAAUUCUAGUGACCCUCAUGUACUAAAGGCGACAAUCUCUUUUGUGCCCGUAUUAUUGUACAAGUAUGCACACCACUCAUGACACUGAGUCCUCACUCUUCUGACUGCUUGUUUCGUAGCUUACCCCAGAGGAUUAAAGAGAAAACUGGGUCUUCAACUUUUUUUUAUGUGUCUGUAAUAUUUCCUCUCUGAUAAAGUGACUUCUUACAUCAUUGUAAAUUUCACAGCUGUGGAAAAUAUAGGGGUUGGAAUAUAUUCUACUUGUUAAAACCUAUUGCAGAUUAUACCAAAGCUAAAUGAUAAAUAUGCUAUUUUUUUUUCCUAAAGAGAAUGCCAGGAACAACAUAAGUAAUACCAACAACAAUUAUACUAAUUUUAAGUUUCCACAAAGAACACAUAAAUAUUUCAGAGGGCAAGAACCAGGUUAACAGGAUCACUCUUGUAAACAUGUUUAUUUGUGCACUUGACUAUCUACUAUGAAAUUAUACAAGUUCCAUAGGGGUCAUUGUAAUACCUUUUAUGGAAAACUGCUUUCAGUGUGAACUGUCAUAAUACAUGAUAUUAGCACCCUUCCUAAAGUAAAACUUGCAAAAUGAAACUAAUAAAUCUCUAUCAAUAAUGACAAUGAGGGGGACAGUAUUAGACUUAUUUUUAUUGUUUUUCCUAAAGUAUGUUCAAAUAUUCAUGAACCCUAAGUGAGGAGACAGUAUAUAAUAUUUAAGGGUAUGUAGCAUUUUAAGAUAAGCACAUGAAAACGUUGAUUAGCAGUUACCAUUUGGAAAUUAACCCUCAGGAAGAGGCAUUUUCCCCCCUAACACUCUGAAGAAAAGGGGAAAAAAGAAAAAAAAGAGAUGAAAACCAUGUUAGGAUCCAUAUGACAAAUGCAUUUUGUAGUUGUUUCAUCCCUUAGGAUUUCAAUCAGUGCCAUUAAGUUGAGUGUAGCCUUCACCAUUGGAUAUGUUGGGAGCAGGGCUGGUCCUGACACCCUGGCUGUCUGCGUACGCACGGGGGCUCCUUUGGAGGAGUGAUGUAAAGUUGUAGUCUACUUGUAAUUAAGAAACUUUUGCUCUACAGCACCCUUGUCCAUCUGAUUUAUAUGGUUUGAAACUUAUUUCUGUUCUGGAAUGACCUCUGGGUCAGUGUGCUGAAUAAACGUUCCCUGACCGUGCUGAA